GGACGGCGGCGUUUUUCUUGUCAGUCCAAGCCACGCAGAUCACGACCGUCCUCAUGAGCCAAAGCAUGAGCGCAGCCCGCUCUCCAGCCGUCACAGACUCGUCAAGGGGAGGUCCACCCAAGCAAAAAAUUCGCGGGUCGCCUCCGACGUCAGCGACGGAAUUGGCGCAUUUGGGCACCAAGUGCGGGUACCUGCGCAAGGAGGCCGACAAUGAAAAGGGUCUCUGGAGCAAGUACUUCUUCGUCGUCAAGCCAUCCACAUUUCUUUACUACUACAACACGGAAAAGGACGAAUACCCUCGCGGCGUGAUUGACUUGGAGUACAUGACAGACGUCCGCCUCAAUUCUCAAUGCAUCAAGCGCAGUGUGGGGGGAACGAAUUACAGCUUCCGCGUUGCGGCAGACGUGAAAACCACCGAGCAAAAGAAGAUCCGACCCCUUUUCCUGGACAUCGACGCAGACGAGCGUGAAGGCGAAACCCCCGCUCAACGCCAGGCGCGGCAGGAAGUCGAUGCAAAGAAGUGGAUGCAAGCUUUGCAAGGCCAUCGAUACAUUCAAGUGGACUCUCAGCGUGACGACCUUGCCGUCGAACUAAAAGAGUUGAAAGAGCGCCUCGCUGCGACCGAAGCGACCGUGGCACAACUUAGCGACAAGCUGGAUCACAUUACUCGCCGCGCCAAGUACACAGUGAAGGAAGCCAUCGCCACGACACAAACUUGCCGAACGGCGCAGGAAGCAUCCUUCGUGGCCGAGACAUACGACAGCAUUGCCGAAACGCUGGACGCCCUCACGAGCGUGGAAAAACUCGGGCAAGUGGUCGGGGAACUGGCGACGCAGGUUCACACACGCAACCAGCACAUAGCAAAGCUGCAGGCCGACUUAGCUGAUGAGCGAGACAAGAACAACGUGGCCCCGCCUUCGUCUCCCGCUAGCACCGACGACAGCCUCGAUGAACUCAACCCCGAGAUCCUUGAAGCCGUGCUAGACGACUCCCAAGGUGCCAUUAGCUCCAAGCAGAUCCGCGCGAUGAAGCAAAAGAGCAUGCGAGGGUUCCCCGUCCCGUCGAACGCACCGUCAACGCAAAUGCUCGGUGCAGCAAUGAGUCUCGGCUUCAGUAAGGCCAAGGCAGCGACGACGCGGCUCGUCCAAGCCAAGCUGCAGCGCCAGCAGUCCAACGUCGCCCCCACCAUUCGAGGCGGGCGAUGGACUCGCGUCGAAAGUAAGCAAGCGCCCGGAACUUUCUACUACGUGAACGAAACGACCGGCGAAGAGUCGUGGGAGAUGCCGUUGGGUGGCGUGUCCGAACACGACGGAAGCAGCGACGACGACGGCGGUGAGUACGGGUACGGCGCGAACAACAACCACUCGUCGUCGACUGUAGACGACUCGUGUGACGAAGUCAACAACCAAGCUGCGCCGACCGACGGCACGAACGGCGGCGACUUUGACAAGUACAAGACUAUGUGGAAAAAAGCGAUGAACAAGCAAACAUUUGCCCGCAUGAACACGUAUGCAUUCGCCAAGCAAAACAAGGACGCAGCAGCGAGCGACGUGAAAGAGAUCGACCGGUCUCGGCAUCAGUUUUAAUCUCUUAAUCUUAUACACAUCUCAACACGUGCGGUCCGAGAUAAUUCGAGUGUUCAAUUUGCGACUGGCACACGGGUGAAAUGCCGUGCAAUCUACUCUUCGUCGUCCUUCUUGGGGAGGUGGCUGUACGUUCGAUUGUGCUUGGUCGAGAACGCCGUCAUGGGCACGAUCAGCAGUACCAUGACGCCAGCCAGGAUGCCUGUGCGGUUCUUCCAGUUCGCGGGCUUGUUCCACCACCCGCCGGCAGGGGACCACGUGUGCUUCGGAUACGGGUACUUGGUCACGGCGCCCAUGAUCGAUCGACUGACUUUGGCGAGCUGUGGCUGGCGG